AUGGGACAAGAUCAAAUCUUCUCUCACAGGACACGCGUCGAUAGCAGCUCCAAGCCUGGCUGCUCUUGCCAUUCUGGCAUUCGGCAUUACGGCUGUAUGAUGUUUCGAGCUGUCAGCUGUAAAAUACUGCCUGCUUCGUUGUUUGCCAAAAGCCCGAUGCAAAGAUGA